GAUAAGGUUGUCCUCCACGCUGUAGUUCUCAGAGUAUACACACCGCUCAAGAGAGGCGAGCAACAUCACAGGUGGUGUAUAACUAAAUACUGAAGUUAGCGAAAGCGCUUUUCUUUCGUGACUGACUUCAAGUCUGGACAGAGCGGGAGAAGCGUUCUAAAGAACUCGUUCGUCUUCGCUCACGAAACAAAAUAUUCUUCAGCGUGACAAGGAGGAGCGCUUUCAAGUUCUGAAGUUUUGACUUGGUUCUAGGACACGCGACCGCUCCUCAGAAUAGAAGUUCGGAUAAAGAAAAGGACGUUGCCGCUAUCGCCAAGAACUUCUACUGAGAACAUUUCGCCUAAAAGUAGUGAAAUAAGGAACGAGGGAAUAAAACAACAUUGUGCAGAGACAUUCUAACGCGAGUAGGUGGUUUGUUUUCUAUGUCUACCAAGAUGGAAACUACUUUUUAUGAUGACUCGCUGAACGCUUUUUCUCAGCAUGAUAACACGGGUUAUGGAUACAACCAGAAGCCACUGAAACACAACAUGACACUGAACCUAGGCGACCCAAUGGUCACUCUCAAACCUCAUCUACGGGCGAAAGCCAGUGACAUACUGACAUCUCCGGACGUUGGGCUCCUCAAACUAGCCUCACCGGAGCUGGAACAACUCAUCAUCCAGUCCAGCAACGGCCUUAUAACCACAACACCGACUCCGACACAGUUCCUCUGCCCAAAGAACGUGACUGACGCGCAGGAAGGAUUCGCAGAGGGCUUCGUUCGUGCGCUGGCGGAACUCCACCACCAACACAUGCCCAACGUGCCCAGUGUUAGUGUAAACUCAGCUCCUCAGCCCAGUGUAAACACCCUGCCGCCUGUAUCGUCUGUGGCGGGCGCAGUUGCCUAUAACAACAACGUAGCCAUGCGCUCUGAUUCACCCGUCUACGAGGACCUGAGCACAUUUAACCCCGCGAUCAGCACCAACUCCGCCCCGAGUUACACAACUUCAGCUCCAACUAUGUCCUUCUCAACUGCCCUGCCGCAGCUUCCUCUGUACGGCCAGUCUACUGCCGCUAUUCCCCGACUGGCAGCGCUUAAAGAAGAGCCCCAAAUUGUCCCAGAGAUGCCUGGAGAGACCCCCCCUCUGUCCCCGAUUGACAUGGAGAACCAAGAGCGCAUCAAAGCGGAGAGAAAGAGGAUGCGGAAUCGGAUUGCGGCUUCCAAAUGCAGGAAGAGGAAGCUGGAAAGAAUCUCUCGGCUCGAGGACAAAGUAAAGAACCUGAAAUCUCAAAACUCUGAUCUCGCGUCCACGGCCAACAUGCUUCGCGAGCAGGUGGCCCAGCUGAAGCAGAAGGUUAUGAACCACGUCAACAGCGGGUGCCAGCUCAUGCUUACGCAGCAACUUCAGACAUUCUGAAGGAAGGACUAAAAGGGCGACAGACUGUAACAGAAAUUGAACGAAAGGACAUCGUUUGAUAGCGAGGUUGUAUCAACCGCACCAUUGGUUGUAGGACGAUAUAGCACAAGACCGGAGGGAACGGGGCUGGCACUUGGACUGGGUGCCUCGCGCUCUCCGGUGGCGCGUUCUGGAGACGGUGCCCUGGACAUCAAGCCGGUGAACAAGAGAGAUAAACAGCAACAAACAUGACACGAUCUGUUGUGUUUCGUGUUGUUUUUUUUUGUACAAGAUAUGUUAGAGUGACUUUUGUUGAUUGAGACCAAGCUCUGCAUGGAAGUGACCACCCGAAGACAUUCAGUAUUAGAAAGUAAAAAUAAAUUUACAAUAGCCUAUACUUUUGCUGUAGCCUAUAAGGCGCCAAAGGAGGGCGUGAGGGCUGUGAAUAACUGAACACUUCACAAAAGCUGCCUGACUUCUGAGUUACAGUACAAUGUACUUUUUGGCUAUUGUUUUCUUCCUUUAAGUUAAAAAUCUUCAACGGUUACUUUUAUUUUUGUUAAGUUGCUUAAUGGGGUUCCACUCAUUGUUUUAUGUAAAUAAGAUCAACUUGGAGUACUUAAGUUUACCAUUUGUAAUAUGAAAUACUUUUUAUUUUUAAUGUUUGUUUUCUGAGCUCUUCAGAAACUAAUCAAUAUUUAAGAAAUGUAAUAAACUAUCUGUUAACUGAGA